GCAUUAUAAAAAUACAUUAGCUGGGCCAGACUCCUCCUUUAAGUGGGCAUUCCACUGUGAACGCACAAAAAAAGCAUAUUUUCAAUCAUUUUUUUCUCAGGAACUAUUGCAUAAAAUUGAUCGAAUGUGUUUCCCCCUUAAAGGUAUGAUUAAGGAAAGUAAAUAAAUAAUUUUUUGUUGGUAAAAAAUAUUUUGUCAUUUAUUUACAAAAUAAUAUGCAUGUGUGCAAAAAAAAAGUUAACCGCUGGCGCAGGUGAUUUUGGCUCUCCUGGAAAUCUGAAACAGAAAAUCGAAAAAGUUUAUUAAACUAUGUCAUCACACCUAUGGUCGGAACCUCCAAGUAGUUGAUAUUUUGAUUUUUACUUACAAUUUCACCUGAUUUACGGUACAAAAAAAGUAUUUUUCUCUCUUUCACAAAAAACGCUGCCAUUUUAUUUAUCUUCGAUGAAAUAAAUAAGUGGAGGUUCCGACCAUAGGUGUGACGACAUAGUUUAAUAAACUUUUUCGAUUUUCUGUUUCAGAUUACCAGGAGAGCCAAAAUCACUUGCGCCAGCGGAUAACUUUUUUUUUGCACACAUGCAUAUUACUUUGUAAAUAAAUGAUGAAAUAUUUUUUAUUUCCUUUCCUUAAUCAUACCUUUAAGGGGGAAACACAUUCAUUCAAUUUCAUGCAAUAGUUUCUGAGAAAAAAAUGAUUGAAAAUAUGCUGUUUUUUAUGGGUUCACAGUGAAAUGUCCCCUUAAACAAAACUCGGAUAAACCAUCGAUUUUCGUGAACGAGAUCGAAAGAGUUCUUUUCCCUUCCUCCAGUCGCGAGGUUGCGCCUUGGGCCGCUAGAGGGUGCGCCGAUAGCGCCGAUAACUCGUAAUCACGAAAGGUAUACGUCGACCUGCUAUAAACGUCCAUCUCGGCGGAUAUCUUCACGUGCGUUUCCGUGGUGUUCGUGUGUUGGUGGCUCGAGUGUCAAGUAUCGAAAAGGUUUUACGAGGUGUGCCUGUCAGGACGGUGUUUUCGUCUCGUAUCGUCGCGAAGAGGAAGCAACCAGCGAGAGUUGGCGAAAGGAACGUGUGUGCUCUCUCACGGCAGCAGGAGAAAUGGUGACCACCUCGCCGAAACGUGCCAAGGAGAGCAAAUCGGAGACCGUGGCUAGAAGCUGGACAGCAAGACCGAUUUUAAGCUCGGACUACAUAGACGAUCCGCCGCUCGAGGAAGUCUACGUGGGAGUGCUGAAGCGGAAACAGGACAUCUCGACGGCGAUUAAAACCGUAUCCUCUAUUCUCCCCGGAUUCGGUCACCUGAAACGCUGCUCAUCGAACAAACUGUUACUGGCACCUCUGAUCUCCUCGGAACAAUCACCGAAAACGGAAGACCCGUCGUCGACAGAAAAGGCACUGACUCAGAACGAAUUGAAAUCCCUUCUAAAAACGAACGGAUUCGACUUGACUUUGUUGGAAGACGAUUUACAAAUCGUCAAGGUUCCAUCGCGAACGGCGAAAACGAAAUCGCAGGCAGCGCGAGUCUCGAAGAUUUGGCCGUUGAAUUUCCACCCUGAUCCUGCCAUCGAGUCCCUGAUCGACGGGUCGAUUUUUACUCAGCACCAGCUAGACCUCGUAGAAAGAUACAUGCACGUGGCGGUAGAGGCAGCCAGGUUAGGAGCCGUCGGGAAUAACGAUUGCAACGGAAGCGCGGUUAUCGUCGAUCCGGAAGAUGGAAGAAUCCUCGCGAUCGCUGCCUCCCAGAUCGAUCAACAUCCGAUCUGGCACGCUGCUAUGCUAGCGGUCGACCUCGUCGCCGAACUCCAAGGCGGCGGUGCUUGGAAAUCGCAGAAAGAGCUCGAGGAAAGCACGGCGAGACAGGAAACGUCCAUCAAUGAAAACGACGACGGAAGCUACGUAGCAAGAGAAAAAAUGAUCAAGAGAAAGUACGCCGAGGAUGCGCCUCUUCGUUACCCGAAAUCGUUGUCAGAAAUUUCUCUCCCAAAGGAGGAGACUCUUAAAUCGAUCACGACUCGUCGAGGACGCGGGAAUAACAGAUCGAAAGCGGAGAAUUCAGAGAAGAGCAAACCAGUGGACACAGAGAAAUGUGGACCUUACCUCUGCACAGGAUACUGGACCUUUCUUUUAAAGGAGCCUUGUCCUCUUUGCGCGAUGGCGCUGGUGCACUCUAGAGUCGCGAGGAUAUUUUACGGUGUGCCUAAUCAGAUUACAGGGGUUUUGGGCUCCAGAACGGUGUUGCAUGCCGUGCCAGGUUUGAAUCAUCGGUACCAGGUCUGGGGCGGUGUCUUGGAGCAGGAAUGUCGACUGGUGUUGCAAGAGGUCGAGCAUAGGAACAUGGAUUGACUCACUCGGCCUGUUCGUCGCAAUUGAUUGUAAUUUUCCAAUGACGACGGUUUUAUUAGAAUCGCGCGAGAAAUAUGCGUUAGACUAAAGGAAACGCGUUACGAUGUACCUAUAAACGUUAGCCUUUUGUACGUCCACUCGUAUCUUUUACAAGUUAAUCGUUAGGAAGACUUUUAAGGGGGCAAAACUUAGCUCUUAGAGGCUAAAAUUAACUUAGAGUUAAUUUUAAUCCAUGGUAAAAUCCUUUAUCUAUAAUUUUGUGAAUAAAUGUACUCGAUGCUUUUGUUAUUUGAUACCUUAAGGGAUUAGGAUGCUCUAGAAAGUGAAAAAGACGUGCAGAGAUGUACGAAAAAUGUUUAACAUGUUCAGGUCGGUGUGCACCACCGGUGGCUCACGCUUACACGUCCCAUCGGGCGGCGUGCAUCACCGGUGGCUCACGCUCGCGUGUCUAUCAAAUGGCGUGUACCACCGCACCGCCCCAUGGCGAGAAUCACAAAUGGCAGCGCCGCCGCUUCAGCAUGAUACCUUAAGGGAUUAGGAUACUCUAGAAAGUAUAAAAGACGUGCAAAGAUGUACGAAAAGUGUUUAAUACGUUGAGGUUGGCAUGUACCACCGGUGGUUCACGUUUACACGUCCCAUCGGGCGGCGUGCAUCACCUGUGGCUCACGCUCGCAUGUCUAUCAAACGGCGUGUACCACCGCACCGCCCCAUGGCGGGAAUCACAAAUGGCAGCGCCGCCGCUCCAGCAUUAACGCGUUAAACAUUUUUCUCUAAAAUAUUGUAUUUUUUUUUAAUAAGAAAGAUAACUGUGUGGACGACAUAUCAUUAUUCAAUAGCCAAAUUAUUAUUUUUGUUUCAUUUUAAAGGUUUAUGACAAUAGACAUGUGUAAGGUAGUUGCAGCCAAGAAGUCAAUCGAUUUAUUUUUUACCAAUUAACUUUGCAUACGAGUUCGAAAAACUGUGUUUUGAGAAAAAUGAGGUUUGGUUGAAAGACGCCUGAGCGGUGGAAGAUUUUUUAAUCCAGUUGCAAACGGGAGCUCGAACGACUCAUAAAAUAAUUGUUUAAAAUAAACAAAGUCGACAUACCUAAAAUUCUUGAGUACCUUAACACCCUAAACCGCGUUUUCUUUAUGGAGGAACAAAAAAAAAUGGAGUUUCGAUUGGUAAAAUAAAAAUUAAUUUAAUUGAACACUAAUCGCUAAUUCGAUCGUGCGAUACUGUUCACUUAAAUUAAUUUUUUAAUAAGGGUUAUUUGUGUUUAGAAAAUAAAAUAUACAUAUAUAUAUUUAGAAUGAAUACGUAAGAAAAUACGUCACACACAAGUAUACAGGUGGCAGUGCCAACUAAAACAAAAGAA